ACUUUUUCUUAAAUCAUUUUUCGUAGAGGCGUAGAGGAGUUUUGUUUUCCCUCUCUACCUUAUCAUCUUCCUUGGAUCGAUUCGGCGUAAUGUGUUUCCUGUAGGCUGUAGUUGUAAAAAUUUAGUUAGAGAUUUGGCAGAUCUGAAAGAAGCGGAUCGGACCGGAAUCGUAUGUGCCGCGAACCAAGGACACGAAGGGGCGCUUCCAAAAAAUGAGGACGCGCCGUCGAACAUACACGGCAGCAACUCCGGCGUCUUUGGUCACAGCGAAGCCCAUAGUUCCAGUGUCCGGUACAAAAAGAAGAAGAAAGCUCCAAUCAUGCACUGCGAAAAAAAAAGCUAAAGGAAAUCCUGGUGGAUCGGAAGAGAAGAACCAGUGGGCUCUAAUUCCAAUAGAUAUCCUGCGGGAGAUACUGUCCGGCCUCGGAUUAAAAGACAACAUACAAGCUUCCGCUGUCUGCAAGGCAUGGUGCGAAGCAGCUGUCUCUGUUCGCAAGUUACAGCCUCCUCCUCCUUUGCUUUUUAAUUCACAAUACAGGCUUCCUUGGGGGUUCGUUAGCCCUCACCCAUUACGCUUUCCAACAUGUAAGCUCCAAUUCCCAGGCCGAGGGUUGGAUUUGCUCCAUGAACCCGUUUAUUCAAAGGAUGGUUGGGUGCUUUCGACACAAGACUGGCGCUCCCGUUAUGCUACAACACUUCUUCUUAAUCCGUUUACCCGUGAGUGCUUCUACUUACCCCCAAGGACAUACACAACAUUCUGCUGUUGGUCAGCUUUCUCAGCCGCUCCUACUUCAGCUAACUGUAUGGUGAUCUCGUACAACCAAAUAGACCACGGCACAUCUGUUGUCAUCAUCGAUACUUGGCGUCCUGGUGAAACCGUAUGGACUGCACACUGCUUUGAGAACCAGUUACCCUUUCGCAUUUGGAGGAAAUGUGUCUUCUCCAAUGGCAUGUUUUACUGUCUCAGUACCUGCGGCUAUCUUGGGGUUUUUCACCCCUCUGAAUCCACUUGGAACGUUCUUCCAGUCAAACCAUGUCCCGCCUUUGAUCAUUUAACCUUUGAUCAUUUAGAGUACUGUAGCCCAGUGUUUAUGACUGAGCAUGAAGGAGACAUCUUCGUUAUUUAUACUCACGCCAACAACAACAACCCAACGGUGUUUAAACUAAAUUCUAAAUGCAAGGAAUGGCAAGAGAAGAGAGAUCUUGGUGGCUUGACAAUCUUUACAAGUUUGCCUGCCUCUUUUGUUAGAGCUGGUCUCUCCACGGAGCAUAGGAACAAGAUCUAUUCAUCCUAUAUUGAUAAAUCUGAGCGAUAUGGCAUGUACUACUCCCUCGGUGAUGCCAAAAACUCUGAUCCCCCUCCAACAAACCAAACGACUCAACACCACGUUUGGGUGGAGCCACCUCCCAACAACGUUCAUUUGUGACUUACUUUAUGUUUUCCAAUUUAUUCAUUUCUUUUCAAGGCUUGAUUUGAACUAUUUGCGAGUCUUUUUUUCUUUUACGUUUUAUAUACUCUAUGAGUUGGACAAGUUUCUAUUUAUCCGAUGCCUAGUAUUUAAGGGUUAAA